UUUUUCCCUUCUUUUUUUUUAUUUUUAUUUGAAUGUUAUAAAUUAAUUAGAAUUAUUAGACUUAUUGAAACCACUUUCCUUAUUAAACGAAAAAACACAUGAAUCAAGAUUGUUUUCCCUCACAAAAACCAAACAGUGGUAGGUCUUCUGCUUCAAUGACAGAAACAGCCAAACGUCGACGUCUAGUUGAAACACCUUUAAAUAAUAUGUUUAGACCCACACCUGGUCAAUCUGCCCUUAUUCAAAAUAGACUUGCCAGUAUAUUAAGGACGGAUUCUCCACCUACUCCACCACAGUCAGCCUCAAAGGAGGAGUCUCCCACACCUUACUUAGGCAACCUAAAAAUCGAAGAAGAUAAGCCAAAGAUCGAACAAGUACAGCAACAGGGCGAAUUAAAGGAAAAGACACGCCAGGAAUUGUAUGCUGAACAACUAAGACUUCGUGAAGAAAGUAAGCGACGCCAAAAGGCAACCGCUGAACAAGCUAGACAACUAGAAAUCGUCAAAGCCGAAGAAAAAGUCGUAUUGUUAAGGCAACAAAAGUUGGAGGAAAUGGGUGUUAAACCUGACCCUGACGUAAAGCCUCAACCUUCACCAAAUCCAAAACCAGCUGUCAAAGUAGAAAGUGAUGAUGAUAUCAUCAUUGAUGAGGAAAUGACCAACAAAAAUAUCUGUAUUGGCAUGGUUAACACCGAUAUUGUUGUCGAGAAAGCACCUCUAAACCUAAUCCGUGAUGAACAAUUCGAGAUUGUCAGUCUAGAGUCCGAAGGCAAAUUAUCUGACAACUAUUCCUUCAAAGUGACAUCGCGCAGUCAACCACCUCAAUUUUAUGGAUGGGUUCCAUUCAAGGAUACAAAGGUGUUAGGUCCGCUUGUCGAUCAUCGUCUGAUUUGGUGGGACGCUGUCAUUCCUCGAGGAAAGGCAACCGCUGCCCGUACGCCUAUUUGCAUCAUUCUCUAUUGUCGUCCCGAUUUAUUAGGUACCAUUGGCAAGUAUUUCGAGUCUCAACGUCUUUAUUUAAAGAACCCUCCUUUUUACAACCCCGCCUGUCGCUACAGCAAUCCUCAUUAUAUGUUGGAUCAAUCACACUACCAUCACCUUCACCAGCAACAACAACAUCAACAACAUAACCAUCAUCAACAGAUCUCUCAUCAAUCAAACCAGCAACAGCAUCAUUAUCAGUAUCAACGUCAAUCAUACCAUGACUACGGUGGACCACAUUACCGUUAUGAUCUUCCUUACACUACCCACCAUCAAUACACGACAGGAAAUCCUACCAACCAAGGACAGAAGGAUAUCGAAAUGUUGUUGGCCAGUAUCCCUAGCGAUGUACCCCAAAUCCUGUUAAAAAAGAGAAAGAACAAGAAGAAAUCAGGUGUAAUUGAAAUCUUGACGGAUGAUUCCAUGGACGAAUCUGAUAAAGAAGAAGAAACCUUGGAUAACGGGUAUGUUGAAGGCUUGAAAUGUCAUCUCAUGGACCAUCAAAUUAAAGGUGUCAGUUGGAUGAUUGACCGAGAGAAUAAUCAAAGUAGCAACGGUGGUAUCUUGGCUGAUAUGGGGUUGGGUAAAACGAUUCAGACCAUUGCACUUAUGGCUUCGACCAUGACAUCAGAAGACGAUAGGGAAUCAGGUGAUCCAGAUCACCAGAUCACACUCAUUGUUACACCACUUGCAUUAGUCCAUCAAUGGGUCGAAGAAAUCAUUUCAAAGACCGACAAGGGUAAACUACGUGUGCUUAAACAUCACGGACCUAACCGAGCCAGGAACCCUGCCGUGUUCAAACACUACGACGUAGUAGUGACGACCUAUCAAGUUGUAGCUUCAGAUAUGCCCGGAGAUGAACGCAAGGGAAGAAAGAAGAAGAGGAAGGAUUCUUUUGUUGUGGAUGAUGAUGAUGAAGAAGAAGUUUUAAAAGAUGGGGCUAAAUCAGACACAGAAUCAGACGCAAAAUCAGACGCAAAAGCAGAGGAAAAAGCAGAAGCAAAACCAGUUACGAAAAAAGAUUAUGGACCUUUAUUCCAAAUCGACUGGCACCGUAUUGUAUUGGAUGAAGCUCAGUUUAUCAAAAAUAGAAUGACCAAAGCCUCCUUGUCGUGUGCCACACUUAAGGCCGCUAAACGAUGGUGUUUAACCGGUACACCUAUUCAAAAUAACGUAGACGAACUUUAUAGUCUUUUAAGGUUUCUUAGAAUUCAACCUUUGUCGGAUUAUCCCACCUUCAAAAAGACGAUUUCCAUACCCAUCAUGAAUGGUGACACGGCAAUAGCGAUGAACAGAUUAAAGGCAGUCUUAAUGGCAGUCAUGCUGAGACGUACCAAGAGCGUUUUAGGCUCAAGCACCGCCACACAAGACGCAAAUGGCCAAGAAACCCAACAAACUGAAGAAUCCGAUGAAAACUCCAGCCUCUCCAAAAAAUUAACUCUUAAAUUACCUACACGUGAAAAAUCAGAUUUGCUGCUCCAGUUUAGUGAUCACGAACGAGCCUUGUACGAACUGCUCAUGAAGCGUUCCAAAGAAGCCAUCGAUUCCAUGACUGGAAAUCAAAGUCGAUACAUGAACAUGCUCUGUUUAUUGCUUAGAUUGAGACAAGCGUGUGACCAUCCUCAGCUUAUUCUGAAUGCAAUCGAUAGCGACAAGGAUGUUCUGGACAUUGUAUCGGAUGCGGGUAAUGUGAGUGAUAGCAUGUAUCCCAAACUUUGUGAACUAUGCGGAAGAUCAAACAAUGGUCAGACUGUGGAUAACACGACGCCUUAUUGUGACGAUUGUAUCAAAGUGAUUAAACAAAGUGAUGGCAAAGAAGGUCACCACGGAUUAUUCAAGACCAGCACCAAGAUUAGGAAAUUAAUGGAGAUUCUGAUGGAAACGCGUGAUAAGAAUCCGGGUGAAAAAACCAUUGUGUUUUCCCAAUUCACAAGCAUGUUGGAUUUAGUAGAAGGUCCUUUAAGACGCAACGGAUUUGCUGUCUGUCGAUAUGACGGUUCCAUGUCAAGUCAAUUACGAGAAAAGAGUUUGCAUAUGCUGAAACACGAUAAAAAGGUCACAGUCAUGCUGAUAUCAUUGAAAUGUGGAUCAUUAGGACUUAAUUUGACUGCAGCAAACCGGGUGAUAUUAAUGGACAUUUGGUGGAAUCCCGCACUAGAAGAGCAAGCCAUUGAUAGAGUCCACAGAAUCGGUCAAAGAUUACCCGUACAUGUAACCAGGUUAUUAAUUGAUAACACAGUAGAACUUAAAAUUGUUGAAUUACAAGAAAAGAAGGCACAACUUAGUAAGGGUGCUCUUGGUGAUGGUCUGGUAAAGAGUGCAAAGUUAUCAGCCAGCGAAAUUAGAUCAUUAUUUUUCAACUUAUAACAUAUUAUCUCUCCCACACACACACACACACACACACUCACUCCCACUCACACUCACACUCACAUUCCAUUUUUGCAUUGU